GCUGCCAAUGGUCUAAGCGUGCCGCCGUUUACUUGUUUAAAUUAUCCUGGAAUCCCGCUGGCCGCCCUGCCUCCUUCGAUCCUCCCUCUACAGACCCCGAAAAAGCUCCCCAGUAUUCACAACAAGAUGCAUAUCCUCGUAACCAACGACGACGGACCGCCCUCGUACCACUCUCCCUACAUACACACGUUUGUGCGGCACUUGGAGCGAGCCGGACACACCGUCUCCGUCUGCGUUCCGGACACACAGCGCUCCUGGAUCGGCAAAGCGCAUAUGAUCGGCCAGACGCUGAAGCCUGUCUAUUACCGCCCCUCGGCCAACAGCCAUGGCGACGAUAUCGAGGGAACAACACACGCCCGGCCGUCUCCCUCAGGCGAUGCGGAAGAAUGGGUCCUCAUUGACGGAACGCCGGCGUCUUGCGUGCAGAUUGGCACAAACCACUUCUUCCAGCACAAGGGACCAAUUGACUUGGUCGUGAGCGGGCCAAACUACGGGAGGAAUAGCACGGCGAUAUUUGCACUGAGUUCUGGAACACUGGGCGCGGCGCUGGAGGCAGCAGCCUGCAAAGAUAAGGCCAUUGCUCUGAGCUUCUCGCAGACUCACGACGCAAAACUCAUCGAUGCCGCAUGCCGGCACAGUCUUCGGAUCAUUGAAUAUCUCUACAAGAACUGGCCGACUGACGGCAGCGCUGAUCUGUACACAAUCAACGUUCCUCUUGUUGAAAACAUUGAGACGAACCCGGUAGUGUGGACAGACAUUCUACAGAAUUAUUGGUCCAAAGAAGGCUGCUUUGAGGCUAUUGAACCCCAAGAUGAGGCGGAAAGGAUAGGGAACGGAGCUGAUGGCGCGGUCAACGGGGCUUCCAAGGGACUCACGCAUAAAAACUUCAAAUGGGCGCCUAAAAUCAUGGAAGUGCACAAGACUAUCCAAGAAGGAGGGCCGGGAUCCGAUGGAUGGGUUGUUAGAGAAGGCAACACAAGUGUUACACCUCUCAAGGCAAACUUUGCUAGCUGUGCGGGAGACAAAGCUCUGCAAGAGAUCAAGCUUCCUCCUAUAACAUUACCUUCUACAGCAGAAUUGGCUAUUCGAGAGAGCCCUAAAGAUCAAGACACGUCGAAUCCUGGUAUUCAAGCCAUAGUGGCAUACGAUGACCCUUACGUGCAGCCUCUUAUUGUAGCCGCACUAAAGGCCGUGUUACCGAAGGAAGCAUUCAAUCUCAUCACCGAUAUAUCCUUGGAGAACCUCGACUUGUCGACGAAACUCUCGUCUUCCGAUAACAAUGUGUUGCAAAUUGUUCCUUACGAAGCAAUCGACUUCGAAUUUGCCUCAUCGCAUACCAAAACCAGCCUUAUUAAUAGCUACAUGAUCCGGAAAGCGCUCAUCAGGAAACACUACCUAUCGGCAACGCUGGAUCACUGGGCAGCCAAGAACCCCGACUCCGUUCUCAAGAAGCAUCUCAGGCGCAGCGAGGCCUUUGAAGUAGACUAUGCCGAGUUCCUCGAUGACGCUCUCGUCGAGGCGUUUGACCUCAGGGAGAGCCUGGAUCGCAACGCGGACAAGGAGGACACAAGUGAGAGAGAAUGGUGGAUCCUGAAGCCGGGAAUGAGUGAUCGUGGCCAAGGCAUCCGUCUAUUCAGCACCAUGGAUGAACUGCAAGACAUUUUCGACGGAUGGGAGGCUGAGCGACCUGAUAGUGACGACGAAGACGAAGACGACGAUGCCCAGGGAGGCGAAGCAGAGGAAGGACAUGCUGGCGGUGGUGACUACAUCACAGCCUCCCAUCUCCGUCACUUCGUGGCUCAGCCGUACAUCCAUCCUCCCCUGAUCCUCUCCCCUGGCGGCCACAAGUUCCACGUCCGGACAUAUGUCCUCUGCACGGGAAGCCUCAACGUCUACGUCUACAAGCACAUGCUCGCCCUCUUCGCGGGCAAACCUUACACAGCCCCUUGGGAAGCGCCUACGGACAUUGAGGCGUUCCUGACAAACACAUGUUUGCAAGAUUCGCCCAACGAGAACACGGUGCAGCGGUUCUGGAACCUACCUCUGGAGAAGACGACUGUGCUGGAGAAGGUGUUUGGGCAGAUUUGCGAGACGACGGGAGAGGUGUUUGAGGCGGCGGCGAGGGCGAUGCCGAUUCAUUUCCAGACGCUGCCGAAUGCGUUUGAGGUGUUUGGGCUGGAUUUCAUGGUGGAUGAGGAUGGGGAGGCGUGGUUGUUGGAGAUUAACGCGUUUCCGGAUUUCAAGCAGACGGGAGGGGAUCUGAAGGAGAUUGUGGAAGGGUUUUGGAGGGGCGUGGUGAAGGUUGCGGUUGCGCCGUUUUUUGGGGUGCAGGGGAUUGUGGGAGGGAGUGAGGAGGAUGGGGAUAUGGUGCUUGUGAGGGAGGUUGAUUUGGGGAGGAGGUGAGCAGGAUUUGAACUUUUACUACCCGGUGGCUUUUGUUUUGGAUAGAUAUAUAGAGGGGCGGGCAUUUAUAGAAAAGUUUUUGCUUUUGCUUCUUGACAGAUGUGUCGAUGAAUAUUUGGUAUGGAUAUGAUGUUGGGUAAGUGUGAAGUGACUGGAAGCUGUUCGUAUCAGCUCGUACUUACAGACUCAAGGUCGCCAAAAGUAUUUUCGCUGUUGACUGCCGCUUUGAGUCUUUUUAUUCGGGACAACCAUGCAUGAAAUGGCCUCGUAAAUAUAUUGUUUCCUUUGUAACCAGGAGUUUCACGUAUUCUCAGGUUGAGCAAGUUGGCUACCCUGUAAAUAUCGUAUUCGACAACGCAUCUGUGGAUCCACGUUAUUAUCGAAUACGAAGUUGGAGAAGGAAAUAGAUUUUUUUGAAUCAUUUCCAGUUCUCUCUCUUUUUUUUUUCCUUGUUUUCUUUCUUUUCGCUUGUUUGUGAAAUACUUGGCUGUGAAAUUGCUGAAAAGUGAGAAUCCGCCUCGUAAAGUGCCUUGUAUACAAAACUAUGAAAUAAAACCCACCAUUGUGCGAGACUAAUUUACCAGCGAUUAAUGUAGGUCUAUGUAUUUUUGUUCUAUAGGACGCUACUUAUUACGAGUCGAAAAGUACAUGUAAUUUGAUUUAAAUAGAUAUCGUAUACCGAUAUGCGCCAUGUAGUUGCAACAAGCCUCUUGCAUUAGUGGAGAGCGUCGAACGGGGUAUAUCUCUACGCCCACCUUUGC